AUAACACACCAGCCAAGUGCGCUGGAGCGGAGCCACGCAGAAUCCCUGGCCGUUCCUCGCUGUGGCUCACUGAUUUCCAACAUAGCCGCAGCUGGAAAGUUGCUGGUGUUUCUCCUGUGUUGGCCGGCGAGAGAGAGACUCUAGAAUCACUUCUCCAGUAACCAUCACCAGAGAGCAGGAAGUCAUUCAGAAAUGUACCUUGUGAUCGCAGUGAGCUUGGUGAUCACUGGCUGCGUGGUUCUGUUGACGGUGGGUCGUCUGCUGAGCCAGUACAAGGGCACACUGGUUCUGCUGUGGCACAUCGACAUCUGCAUCCACCUGCGGGAUUGGCUGACGCGCAGCACCCAGCCCGAGCGCAUGCUAAAGUACGUGCUGGACAGGGCUACAGCCGGCAGCCCACAGAGCGUAGUGGACACUAUUGACGAGUUCUGCAAGGGCAUCGAGUGGGCCAUGAACGUGGGUGACGAGAAAGGCUCGAUUCUGGAUCAGGUUGUAACGGAGGUGAACCCAAGCAUAGCGCUGGAGCUGGGCACCUACUGUGGCUACUCCACAGUCCGCAUUGCCAGGCUGCUGAAGCCCGGGGCGCGACUCUACACCAUCGAGUUCAACCCUGACACAGCCCGGGUGGCAAAACGGAUCAUUGCCCACGCCGGUGUGGGCGAGCAGGUGCAGCUUCUCGUUGGUUCAUCCUGGGACUUGAUUCCACAGCUCAGAGAAAAGUUUGCAGUGAAGAAGCUGGACUUUGUCUUUCUGGACCAUUGGAAGGAGAGCUAUACCCAGGACACCAAACUCUUGGAGGACUGUGACCUGCUUCGAAAGGGAACAAUCCUCCUGGCUGACAACGUUAUUUGCCCAGGGGCGCCAGAGUACCUCGAGUAUAUUCGCCAUAACUCGCAGUACCAGAGCAAGUUCUACUCUUCCCACUUAGAGUAUUCUCAAGUUGAAGAUGGUUUGGAGAAGUCCAUUUUCCUCGGCUGACGGAGGCACAGCUAUUUUAUCAAACCCAUUCUAUAAACAUGUUCCAAAUCAUUCCAUGUUAAAAACAAUUUCUUCCAGUAGUUUAAUUAAUUAUUUGUUCUAAC